AUGAGUAAUCCUCGUUCAGUGGCCGGCGCGCCUUGUCUCGCGUUGCAUGCUGGGAAGCGGCAGCGAGUCCAGAUGUUCCAACAUGGCGGUUGCCUGUCUGUGGCAUGUCGUUGCCUCUGCGUGAAAAAUAAUACAAUCACAACAAAAAAGGAAAGAGAAAAAACAGAGCAACCAUUCGAUCAUACCACUCCAGCCGAUUUUGAUUUUUCGUUGUUCACUGCUCGUCUGUGGACGGCAUUCGAGCAACACAACUAUCAACUAUCACACCAACCAACAAUGGGUAGCAGGACCGUGUGUUUUGUUUGCGGUAAUCUAGGGGCUGACUCGGGUCGUGUUUUACAUACCAAACCUCGCCUGGACAAGGGACCUUACUUUCCAUUCCUGGAGGAUCAUGAACCACCUAAAGGAGCAAGACUGGCCGGUGCUGAUGGCACUGUGGACUGCUGUCGGGUGUGCCACGCCUUCCUUACCCAGCAGUGGGACACCCAUGAAAGAAACAAGACCCCAAGUGUUAAAAGACUCUACUGGUUGAAACGUUCUGACAAUGGUCAGUUUACUGGCGCUGAGAUGCGACUGCAAGGUGAGUAUAUUGCUCAAGUGAUGGGUCUGCAGUAUAAUCCUGGUUCGGUCGAAUCAGCUUUUAAUUCUUCCAGCCCUACGGUGACAAAAUCCCGUAUGAUGUCCAUGGCAGAAUCAUACCCUGCCGCAGCAGAGGUUGCUUUGGAUUUAUCUGUGCACAAAAACAAUGGACACAGCUCCAGUGGACGGGACUACCGUAUGAACAAUGGCGAACAACAACAGCAAUCUUCCGGCCACAGUAACAACAGCAACAUGUUAACCGCUGAUAAAUGUCGAACCUCUGCUCCCCCUACUUCUACAACAUCAUCUUCUUGCACGUCCAAAUAUGUGUGCUUCACGUGUGGCACUGUCCAGAUGUGGAUCACCCGCAGGUUCAUUUAUGCCUGUAGACAACCAUCAGGCGAUGAGCCCUAUUUUCCUUUCCUCACACGACUAACAACGAAACCUGGCGCGUCACCCUUAUCUGAAAAGGGAAUUGCUGUCGUUUGUAACCUCUGCCGUCGGUCUCUCUACCAACAGUGGAAAGAGCAGGAUAUGGCUAACAUCCCAGCUGAAAAUCGCACCUAUAGUAUCAAUAAGGACAAAUCCUCUGAUUUGAAAGAGACUACCAGCAGCCGUAGUACCGAGAGAAGUCUGCCAAGUACUCCGAACAAGGAAGUAUGCUACUUGUGUGGUCAGUAUAUGUCUUCGUCCAGGCUCCUUCAUACUCUUCCAUCCAAAGACAGCCGAUCCAAUUCUAUGCAUUUUCCUUUCAUUCAAGAUUUGCCUCGUCCUGAAGGGGCUCACCCUUUAAACCCAGAUGGUACAGUCCUCUCCUGCAGGAUCUGUUUUGACCAUUUAGCUGCCCAGUGGCAUAUGUUUGAAAGUCAAAAUGUUAAACUUAGCCAGAGACAUUUCACUCUGGCAAUGAGCCAUAACAGAGGUACUUAUACAUAUCAAGCCAGUAAUGCCUCAAAUUUUUCUACAUCUGAUGGUGAUGUCAGUCAACCUUUAAACAUUCAGAUCAACAGUGGUAGUCCAGUCCCUGUGGUACCAACUGGUUCCCAAGGAUUACUUGCCAUAGCCACGCCGAUAAGUUCUUCGUCCACUAACCACAAUAACGGAGAAGUUAAUAUUCGAUCGAGUAUUUCUUCAUCCUCAACCUACAACAAUCCGUUUCCAUCUUCAAUUGAUGCUCGAAGAGCAUCCAUAGACUUGAAACCAAAUCUUGCUACCCUGAAUAACAGCCUUAAUAGCAGCACAAUUGUAAACAAUACAGCUGCUUCAAUUCCUCAUCCUUUGCAGCGUGUCAGCAAUUUACCCAAAAAAGUUUGCUUUCUGUGUGGUGAAUCUUGUCUUGUAUCAAAUAUGCAUGUUUUAUGUUCAUAUCCUGCCAGGCAUGAUGCCAAAGUCCCCAAUGGACAGACCAGUCCAUUCUUCCCUUUUCUAGCCAACCGUGAUCCUGCCCCUGGAGCAGACACAAUGAGUGAUGAAGGAACUGUGAUGUCAUGUCAAUUUUGCUAUCACAUGUUGUUGAUUCAAUGGAAAGAUUACGAGAACUCCAAAACCCCUGGAACUAGUAAUCGGUGGCUCAGAAAAUAUAUCAUGAAGAAUUUCAUUUGCUAUGUGUGCAGUAGAAGUGCUGAACGUACCAAAGUUUGCACUUUGCAAGUUCAAAAGUUUCCAUUUUUGAAAGAUCACAAAUUUCCACCUGGUUCAUUGAUCAUGGAUAACGGCGAAAAUGUAGUUGUCUGUAAAGGCUGCUCACGUAGUUUGCUCAGACAAUAUGCUGAGUUUGAACGCAUUGGGUUGCGACUUGAACUACGCAAAUAUAAUUGGAUUCAACGACCAGGGGAUGAAUAUUUAGAUGAUGCAGACAGCCAGGCUGAUGAAAUAAAUGCCAGUGUAAAUCUUGAAGAACCUGAUGGUAAUUCCACUCUGCAUCAUACUGCUGACAUAUCCAUUGCUGCAACAUCCACAUCCCAUUGGUCAUCAUCUGCACAUCCAGGUAAGUCAGUCUUCAAAUAUAUGCUCUUCAGAACUGGAAAAUAUGUAACGUGUCUUUGA